ACGGUGAAAACAUUGUCAGUAUUAAGAAGAGAGAACAGAAAAGCAUGUAUGCGCACGCCUAAGAAUGAAAAAGAUAGUAAGAGGGUGCAAAGGAGGGAGAAUAGAGGCGUGCAGCAAGCAGUACGACAGGACGUAGAACGGCCGCUGCCGUGGUGUUUGGGCUCGGCUCGGUUGUGCCGCAUCCGUUAUGACGAUACGAUAAUCCAGCGCUUAGCGCUGUGACCGUGUUACUUGCCAUUAUUGACAUUUAUAUUUUAUGAAAAAUUCAGAAAGAACGUGAUGGAGGUUUAUUAUUUUCUAAUUUGAUUGGUAGACUGUUUCUUCGUUGAUCGUUAGAAUUUAUUCAUACGCCAUGUGCCAUUGCUCUACGUGUAUUUCCUUUCUCUCUGGAUCGUACUCGAUUAAAUUUUCAUAAAAAUAUUCUUUUAACAAGUUUGCCGGUGAAUUAUUUUAAUAAAAAUUUCUAUUAGUGAUCCUAGUGUUUUGUGUUAGUGUAAGUGCAACGAAUAAUUUUUUCUUUUUAUAUUUUUAAAUUUUUAUAUGGCUUAAAUUGAAAGUCAAAAUAAGAACAAUAACGGGAAGAAUAGAAAAGAGGAUAGACGGUGGAUUUGCUGAGUUUAAGUAGGAAAGAUAUCUCAUAAGGAGCGCAAGUGGCGUAUCAAGAUGGCGCAUAAUUUGGCACCGAGCGUCAACUGUUCGCUCGACGACAUUGAUCUGAAUGCUUUGAAAGAACCUGCAGGUAUCUUCGAAUUAAUUGAAGUUGUUGGAAAUGGAACUUAUGGUCAAGUUUAUAAAGGUCGACAUACCAAAACUGGUCAAUUGGCAGCCAUUAAAGUUAUGGACGUCACAGAAGAUGAAGAGGAAGAAAUCAAAUUAGAAAUUAAUGUAUUAAAAAGGUAUUCGAAUCACAGAAAUAUAGCAACGUAUUACGGUGCCUUCGUGAAGAAGUCAUCACCAGGAAAAGAUGAUCAGUUGUGGUUGGUUAUGGAAUAUUGCGGAGCUGGCUCCGUUACAGAUCUGGUCAAGUCAACUAAAGGCCAGAGUUUAAAGGAGGAAUGGAUUGCGUAUAUAUCGCGGGAAAUAUUGAGAGGACUUAGUUAUCUUCACAGCAAUAAAGUUAUACACAGGGAUAUUAAAGGGCAAAAUGUUCUAUUAACCGAUAAUGCUGAAGUUAAACUUGUUGAUUUUGGCGUUAGUGCACAAUUAGAUCGGACAAUAGGUAGGAGAAAUACAUUUAUUGGAACGCCAUAUUGGAUGGCUCCAGAAGUAAUAGCCUGUGAUGAAAAUCCUGAUGCUACAUAUGAUAACAGAAGUGAUCUUUGGUCAUUGGGAAUUACCGCUUUAGAAAUGGCUGAAUCACAACCUCCACUUUGCGAUCUUCAUCCAAUGCGGGCUUUAUUUCUGAUCCCACGUAAUCCACCACCAAGACUCAAAUCGAAAAAGUGGGCGAAGAAAUUCCACGGUUUUAUUGAAACGGUUUUAGUAAAAGAUUAUCAUCAAAGGCCGUAUACGGAACAACUCCUUAAACAUCCAUUUAUUCGGGACCAACCAACGGAAAGACAAGUUAGGAUACAACUUAAAGAUCAUAUUGAUCGCUGUAAAAAGCGUAAACAAGAGAAAGAAAGAGACGAUUAUCGGUAUAGUGGUAGUGAGAAUGAAGAAGAUGAACCAGCAUUAGCUGGUGAAGCAUCAUCCAUUGUUCAAGCACCUGGUGGUGAUACAUUGCGUAGGAAUUUCCAGCAAAUUCAGGAAGGUAGAACUUUAACUCAAGAAGUAAAUCCUCAACCACCUGCUGCUAAAGAAAAACCCAGUAGCAGAGCUCAAAGAGAUAUACCAGAGCCAGGACCACCUGCACGACCUGCCAUUCCACACAGAUUAAUCGUUCCAGACCCACAACCACCAUCUCGGCCAUUACCUCCAACACCUAGAGAUGAUCCACGACAACCUCAUAAAGUUUCGACACCACCCUCUAAUCAUCAACCUCUUAUUGGUGGAGGCGGUAGUGGAGGAUCCGGUGGACAAUCAGCAUCACAAAGAAACAGUCAUGUUUUUAAACCUAUGCUGCCUCCAAGGAAACCAGAGGACUUGGACAUGCUGGCCGCUCAACUCAACGAGCUUGGUGUGUCACAGGGCCCAGAGGCCCCGCCAAGGCCAAACAGACAGCAUAAGGCUCCAUCAUCAACGUCGAAUUCCGGUCAGCCUGCGAGCAGUAAUGACCAAAACAAUAAACAAAUGCCACAGUCUUCCAGUAUACUCGAUCAAGCUUUAUCCGUUGAAAGUGAUAGUGAUGAUGACCUCGAAGAUGCAGGAGGAAAUAAUGCGAGGAAUGAUGGUACAUUACUUGCCAGUGAUCCACCAAAACCUUUACCCGAAUUUUCUCCUUUCAGACCAUCCGCGGAUCCAUCGUCGACAUCGUCGCACAAUGCUCAGAACUCGCACCUCGAAGGUAAGCCGAAAGGCGGAGCACCGAAUCGCCCACUUCCACCAACCCCCGACGAAGAAGAAUCAGGAGAUCGUACGCUAGUCAUGAAACGGAAUCGAGAAAGCGGUGAUCGUUCGAGAGGCGGAGGCAGCGGUGGUGACUUCCAGAGGUCGGAUUCAUCCCCUGGAUCUCGACCAAGCUCCGUGUUACCGGAUCUUCUCACCUCGUCACCUGGCCAACGACAGGACAAAACAACAAGUGAAGAGUACCGGCAAGCAGUUAAAUCACCACAACUACUUGCACAUCAACAGAAGCAGAGAUCUUUCUUGACCUUUGGAUUUGGUGCGGGACCAGCUAGAAGGGAAUCUCAUGUAAAUGUUAAUGUGACACCGACCAGCCAUGACCUUACAUCUGAUACACCUGAAAUACGCAAAUAUAAGAAACGAUUCAACAGUGAAAUUCUUUGUGCUGCGCUUUGGGGAGUAAAUCUAUUAAUUGGUACCGAAAAUGGCCUUGUAUUAUUGGAUAGAAGUGGUCAAGGAAAAGUAUAUCAAUUAAUAAGUAGAAGACGAUUUCAACAAAUGGAAGUUCUUGAAGGACAAAAUAUUUUGGUUACAAUUAGUGGAAAAAAGAAUAGAGUACGGGUAUAUUAUCUUUCUUGGCUUAAGAGUAAAAUUUUGCGAACGGAUGGACAUAGCGAUCAAGUUGAACGGCGCAAUGGCUGGAUUAAUGUUGGAGAUCUUCAGGGUGCGGUACAUUUUAAGAUAGUCAAAUACGAAAGAAUAAAGUUUCUUGUCAUUGCAUUGAAAGAUUCGAUAGAAAUUUAUGCUUGGGCUCCGAAACCUUAUCACAAAUUCAUGGCGUUUAAAUCGUUUAGUGAACUUGCACACAGACCAUUACUUGUCGAUCUUACUAUAGAAGAGGGUUCCAGAUUGAAAGUUAUUUAUGGUAGCGCCGAUGGUUUUCACGCUGUUGAUUUGGAUUCUGCUACGGUUUAUGAUAUUUAUCUACCAAAACAUACUCAAGGUCCUAUUUGUCCACAUUGUAUCGUUGCAUUACCAAACAGUAAUGGCAUGCAAUUAUUAUUAUGUUACGAUAAUGAGGGUGUAUACGUGAAUACUUAUGGUAGAUUAUCCAAAACCAUGGUUCUUCAAUGGGGUGAAAUGCCCACUAGUGUUGCAUAUAUCGGUACAGGACAAAUUAUGGGCUGGGGUAACAAAGCUAUUGAGAUUAGAAGCGUAGAAAGUGGACACCUUGAUGGUGUGUUCAUGCACAAGAAAGCUCAACGGCUCAAGUUCCUUUGCGAGCGUAAUGAUAAGGUAUUUUUCUCAUCAGCUAAAGGCGGAAGUGCGUGCCAGAUUUACUUCAUGACAUUAAAUAAACCUGGCAUGGCUAACUGGUGAUCCCGAAUAUGGCCAAAUCUGGCCCUCAAAUUAUCUUUACGAAUAAGGACACAAAAUCUUUCUCGUAUAUCGAGAUACGCAUCAUCGCCAUUCAUGUUAAUUCGUUUUUCACUGCCAGGAUUUAAGGCCAUGGAAAGCAAGCAAUGUUCGUAUUGGAGUCAACAACAUUAUCAAUAUCAUUUUCA